GCAUCAGUGACCGAGCACAACAGCAAGUCUCAGAUAGAUAGAUAGAUAGAUGCAUUCAGUCAGAAGGACCAGUAGGGAGAGUCUAUACACACACAGAACGACAAACCAACAACAGCAGCAAACCAAACGCGGCGGCUUUGCUGUCGUCAGUUACCACCUCACUCACAGUCAGUCAGUCAGUCGGCUUCAUGGCCGCCCAGGAAGUGCUCAAACACGGCCGAUCCGAUGCCAAAGGCAGCACACCCUCCGAGCAUCGCCCCCGGACCAGACUUAUACGCCAGGGCCGCCCCUGUGGCACAUCCCGCAUACACAGAGUUGUUGAUGUCGUGGGCUGCCCGCCCCUUCUCGAUGAAGCACUCCACCAGGGAGAAGAUGAACCCAAUCUUCGCAAACGACUUGGCCGACUGCACCACCUCUGGAAUGAACCCCUUGUAGGACUGCUUGAUCUGCUGCCACAUGGGGAGCGUCGUGUCGAUGUCAACAGGCCUCAUUGUGAAGAAGAAACCGCCGAACAGCAACCCCAGUCCGCCGCCCGCAAUACCCAUGAGGCAAGAGCGUGACAGGCACCCCUCAGUGAAGAACUGCUGCACCUUCAGAGGGUUGAUGGGCGGGAUCUCGUCGCCGAAGGGGUUCUUGAUGAGCCGCAGGGACGUGUAGCGGUCAGAAAGGAGGACGUCCAUGAAGGAAGAGAGAGGACGAGCGGCGGCUUGAGCAGACUGAGGCUCCAUCGGCCAAUCAACCUUGCAGAUCUGAAGAUGCCCAGUCGCGAUGGAAGGGAUGGAUGCGGCAGACGUCCUGCGACUCCUGCUUUCAACGCGCCGGCCCCAUGGCCGAGUGGUUCGCCACGGAGUCAUGUGAGCCGGUCACCAUGGGUUCAAUUCCUCCAGUGGACC